GUAAUACCUCCAGACCAGGACUUGUGGAGACAAUCUGGAUGUUUAAAGUGCAGAUUUUGGAAGUUUGGACAGUGGGUUGAAGUCAUAAUAGAUGAUCGAUUACCAUGUAUUGGUCGCAGGCUUUGUUUUUCUCGUUGUCGCUCUGAAGAAGUGUUUUGGUUACCAUUAUUGGAAAAGGCGUAUGCCAAGCUCCAUGGUUGCUAUGAAAAGUUAUGGGCUGGACAAGUAUGCGAAGCUCUAGUGGACAUCACAGGAGGCCUGGCUGACAGAUGGACUCUGAGGUCUUGUAGAGAAAACAAUGAAAAGAAUUCUCAUUUCUGUCUUUCUGAAAAAUCAAAAUUUGAGUUGAUGAAGGACUUAAAUGAUAAAAGUUUCAUUAGUUGCUCUGUACAUGGAUCAGCCAAAGGAUCCAGUGAACGUGCAGAAUUUCAUGCCUUCAGUGUUACUGAUGUGAAGCAAGUUAAUGGACUCAAUGGCAACUAUGUCAAUUUGCUGAAGAUAAGAAACAUGUGGGAUAGACGAUGUUGGAAUGGCUCCUGGCAGGACGG